CAAAGAAAUAAGAAUGUCUCCGUCCCCGGCCUCCGGCUGGAGUCUGGAGUCUGGAAGACGGAGCGAGAAGCAAACGCAAGUGUAAAGAGGCAAAAAUAUGCCGUUGGCGAAGUACUACUGCGACUACUGCGACAAACAAUUUCAAGACACACCGUCGGCUAGGAAGCGCCAUCUCCAGGGCGUACAACACCAAAGAGCCAGAGCUCUCUGGUACGAUUCUCUGAGAGAUCCGAGUCUGGUUCAAGCAGAGGGCUACGGAAAAGGAGUCUGCAACCAUUUCAUGAGGACGGGAUUCUGCCAGUUUGGAGAUUCUUGUAAAUACUUUCAUCCCAAGCAAAACAUUCAGAGCCCAGGUGCACAAGGCUUGAUCACAACAAACUUCAAGGAGAAUGUACAAUUGCCUUAUAUCCUGGGGAAUCAACCUGUAGUAGGAAGCUCUAUUCCAGGGGUUGUCAUAAGAGAAGGUGCAGGAUUAUCGUUGGGUAACUUACCUCCAUCACUAAGGCCACCACCGGAGGGAGGAUAUCCACCUCUUCCUUUUGUGGACUGGGGAUAAGUCUUUUGUAGAUAUAGAGCAUCCUUUCUUUUCUCUCCUUAUACUGUCAUCCCUAGGUUGCACUCUUCCAACCACUAAUUUUGUAUUUGAGGCACAUUGAUAAGUUACUGUUUGUUGUUUUUGGUUCAUCAUUAGGCUUCUGAUAAGUUACUUUUUUACAUCACAUAAGUUACUUAUGGUCGUUACUGUUUGUUGAAAGUUUCGUGUAUGGUCUAAUGUACCUAUGUGUAUUUAUCAAAGCUGAUGAGAAAUCAAAUAUACUUUUUAUUUUUCUA